CUCGCACUUUAUGCUUACAGCGUGCACGCAGCUUUACUAUUCCCCUUUGCUUUGAAUUCAACCAUACCUUUGACAUAAGUAUUACGUAUACUCUUAUCUCUCCCUCGGUUAUCUCUCAUUACUGUGCUACUUCACCUCCUUCUUUUCCACCCCCAACUUAAAGACUAAGUGACUAAGGCAAGAAUAUGAUGCAUCAAAGCAGAAUAGAUCUGCUCAAGAUUACGCAGGUCCAAGAUGUAUUACUUGAGAAAGGUAAUGAGGUGCACACGGGUACAGUUCACCUGACGGUUCAUAACCUAAUAUUCAACUAUCCCGAAGGAGAGAUCUGGAUACCUUACCCGAUUAUCCACACGGUUGAACGCAGACCAGCAUCUUUGCAAUCCGGUCGUCACCCGCUGUAUAUUCGCUGUAGAGAUUUCCUGAGUAUCACGUUGUCCUUGUUGAAGGAAGGAGAAGCGCAAGAUGUUUUCGACAGUGUCCAGAAACUCACAUGCAUCAGCUCUACCGAGCAGCUUUAUGCAUUCAGUUACCAGCCUCAACCACCAUUCACGUCAUCCACUGGUUGGAAGCUAUACGAACCUUUAAAAGAAUACGAACGCAUGGGUGUGGGUACCAAGAAUGACAAUUGGCGAUUCACAACAAUCAAUCGCGACUUUACGUAUUCCCCAACAUAUCCACGGACACUCGUCGUACCAACGAAGAUUAGCGACAACGUCCUUAAUUAUGCUGCUAAAUAUCGAAGCAAAGCCAGAAUACCCGUUUUAUCAUAUCUUCAUUGGUAUAAUAUGGCCACUAUCACACGAAGCAGUCAACCUAUGGUUGGAUUCAAACAAGCACGUUCCAUUCAAGAUGAAAAACUUAUAGAAGCGAUAUUUGCCUCCAACGUUCCAACGAAUCCGGGUGGCCAGACGGUUUAUGGAUCGACGGCUGCUAACUUGAUCGUAGACGCACGGCCAAUGGCGAACGCCAUGGGUAAUGUCGCACGCGGCGCAGGAACGGAAAACAUGGAAAACUACAGGAAUUGCAAAAAGACAUAUAUAGCCAUUGAUAAUAUUCAUGUAAUGCGCGACAGUCUGGCAAAAAUGUGUGAAGCCAUGCAAGGAGCAGAUACGGAUGGACAAGUGAAUAGAUUAGCGCUACAACGUUCAAACUGGCUAAAGCAUAUUGCAACGCUGAUGGAGGGCACAGAGACUAUCGUCAAGAACGUGCACGUCUACAACUCACAUGUUCUUGUUCACUGCUCGGAUGGAUGGGACCGCACAGCUCAACUCGUUUCCAUCAGCGAACUUUGUCUCGAUCCAUAUUAUCGUACAUUCGAAGGUUUCCAAGUACUAAUUGAAAAAGAAUGGGUUUCGUUCGGACACAAGUUUGCAGACCGAUGCGGCCACUUGUCGAAUGAAAAGUACUUUGUCAACCUAGUACAUACGGGAAACGCAGCAACAAAUACAAUCAAAGACAUGCAGAACAAGUUUUACAAAUCCAACUAUUAUCAGCGAGAGACAAGCCCAGUAUUCCAUCAAUUCCUGGACUGUGUAUACCAACUGUUGCGACAAUGGCCUACCCGGUUCGAGUUUAACGAAGACAUGCUUAUUGAUCUGCACUACCACGUCUACUCUUGUCAAUAUGGAACAUUCUUAUUCAACUGUGAGGCAGAACGGACAAAUCAUUAUCCACAGAGCAAGACCUUUAGUAUCUGGGAUUAUUUCAACACGUAUAAGGACAAGUUCCUCAAUGACAUGUAUGAUCCAAAGAAGGAUCUUGACCUAGUAGAUGACGGUGGCGUGCUGUUCCCGGAUCCGCUCAACAUCAAGUACUGGUCAGGUCUUUUCAAUCGCCAAGAAGAUGAGGUCAAUGAACCAAUAACUUAUGGUGUCUCUCAUCCAUUAGCGGAAGAGGCAUGAUAAAUUCCCACAUCCCUUCUCUCCUUCUCUUUCUUAUUGCCCUAUCCCCCUCCCUCCAUCUCACAUUUAUCCGUCCAUCAGAGCCAUGUAGUUUUACAUAUAAUUUGAUUUUGUCGACCUGUUUCUCAUGUUUGUGCAACCGUUUGUAUAUCCGGAUCGAAGGUGGCAAGUUCAUAUUUUAGAAUUGGGUAUCAGGUAACCUUGCAACCUCGCAACCAUUACCAUAGUGAUCCUCGUCGACUUGAUCAACGGUCGAUGCAGCUCACACGUAUAUUUACGCAUGUAGUAUUUUAUGCGCGUAUGUUAAUGUGAUUAAAAUUUACAACGAACCCCUUUCAUCGCAAAUUAAAAUACACC